CUACCCGCACCCGCACCCGCACCAACCCAUCUCCUUCUCCUCCUAACUCAACUCGACUCCAACCGCCGCUCACCGGAAUGCGGCGGUGACGAGACGACCAACCACCUCCUGCGACUGCUCGGAUCUCGCGACGCGGCGGCGGCGGCGAGAUACGGAGAUCCGGCAGCUUGAGGCAAGAGAGAGAGAAAGCCAUGGCGAGCGACGUGCCCAUGAGCCCCGAGCUGGAGCAGGUGGACGGCGAGAUCCAGGACAUCUUCCGCGCGCUCCAGAAUGGGUUCCAGAAGAUGGACAAGAUCAAGGACUCCAACAGGCAGUCCAAGCAGCUGGAAGAUCUCACCGGGAAGAUGAGGGAGUGCAAGCGCUUAAUCAAAGAAUUUGAUCGUAUUCUCAAAGAGGAUGAGAAAAAGAACUCGGCUGAUGUCAACAAGCAGCUAAAUGAUAAGAAGCAGCUGAUGAUCAAAGAAUUGAAUUCCUAUGUCACAUUGAGGAAAACGUACCAAAGCAGCCUGGGUAAUAAGAGGAUUGAACUAUUUGAUACUGGUAAUGAUCAGGUGGCCGAGGACAACACUGUUCAAAUGGCAUCAGAAAUGUCAAAUCAACAACUCAUGGAUGCCGGAAGGAAACAGAUGGACCAAACAGAUCAAGUUAUUGAGCGUUCGAAAAAGGUUGUUGCACAAACCGUUGAAGUUGGAUCUCAAACUGCUGCAGCUCUAUCACAACAAACAGAACAAAUGAAGAGAAUUGGCAAUGAGCUAGACUCGGUUCACUUUUCACUGAAGAAGGCUAGCCAAAUGGUGAAAGAGAUUGGUCGCCAGGUUGCAACUGACAAAUGCAUCAUGGCAUUCCUAUUUCUGAUAGUCUGUGGUGUGAUUGCAAUCAUUGUUGUUAAGAUUGUCAACCCUCACAACAAGAACAUCAGAGACAUCCCAGGACUGGCACCACCUGCGCAGAACAGGAAGCUCUUGUCCAUAGAAUCUUUCGGAAGCCUCUGAGCAUUGCGAGUGGGAGGCAACCGAGAUGUUUGGGAGAAGAUACUAUGCACGUCGUGACAAUUCUUUUGCGCUUGUAUAUCAUCUCAUGUCGUUAUUCCCUUCCACUGAUCUAUUCUUUUCUUGCUGUAAUUGGUCAUUAGUGUUGGAUUUACGUUUGAUGGUUGCAGUGCGGCUUCCUGUUGGCUUUAUGAAUGUGUGUAUAUGUGGUAGUGAUGAGGAUACAAAGAUAUUUGUUGUUCUUUUUAUUCUGCAAGUAAUCACGUGAAGGCUUCAGUUUGCAGUU